AUGGGGAGAGAGAAGGGCACACAAGAAGGACCCGUUGGGGCCGGCGACUCCAUCACCCCGUUGCCCCGCCGACUUGUGGAGGACUACUGGCGUGCCGUCUUGGACGCGGGUCGCGAGCCGCCGGCGUACCGCACCUUCUCCGACCGCUACAGAGGACCAAAUGGGGCGGCCUACGCCACUCGCCAGGAGGGACGACUUCGGGAAAUGACAGGAACAGUAAGUAGUUCGGUGGAUCCUGUGCAGUGGUGUAUGGAACGUGCAGAUGCCGAGGAGAUGGCAGGACAAUUUCAGGAGGCGCAGAAUUAUUUACAGGCAGCUCUUGAACACUUUCGACAAGGAGAGUCUCGUCCUACUGGAAAUGUAUCUAAGUCUACAAUUAUAUCGGAAGUAAAAGUUGAGGAGGACAGAAUACGAACUGCUUCUAUUUUGUUUCGUAUUGGAAAGUUGUCAAUGCGAAAAGGGGAUCAUAGGGAAGCACUUGGUAUUUUUACACUCAGUAGUCGUAUAGAUCCGCUUACUCCAGCUACUUAUGCUCUUCGUGGUGCCUGUUACGAGUACUUGGAGGAGUAUAACAAGGCGUGUGAAGAGUAUAAGAAAUAUCUUUCACUGAGUGAACCUACUAUGGCGGUACUAGCCCAUACUGGUCAAUCUGCAUUAAAAGCUGGACAAUAUGAUGUUGCAGAGCAGUAUUUAAACGAUUUACUUCGAUUGACAAGUGUAACUAAUAUUUCUUUAAACUCAAAUCCUGGUAAUAAUUCAAAUUAUUUUGAAUCUCCAAGUUUUUAUGAAUCCCAUGCAUAUUAUUCCCUGGGACUUGUGAGAGAUGCUCAAGCUGUUCAAAUAUCUGCAAACGUGCCAGGAAGCUCAAUUAAUAGUCUUAAAAUAGAAGAAUUAUCGCAACAGGCACAAAAUUUCUUUGACUUGGCUGCUGCUAAUUCAGCGUAUGUAAUUGCUUAUGAAGAUGCUGUUGAGAGUGCCAUUGCUGCUCAAGAUGCACCUUUAGCAUUGGAGAAUUUACGUCAUUUGCAGAGAUUGCACAGAAAUUGUCCACAAUAUUAUUCCCGUGCAGCAGAUGUUUCUGCUAUGAUUAAUGACACCAAAUUGGAAGUUGAAGAACUUUCCAAAGCUCUGGAUCAGAGACAAUCCAUACUAAGUCGUCGACAAACACUCCUUCAUCGAGCAGCGGUUUAUGCUUGGAAGUUGAACAACCUUGAUAAUGCUAUUGUUGAUCUUACACUUUUAUUAAGUCUUCCAGGGAAUGAUCAUUUCACAGCAAUGGCAUAUCUUCAACGUGCCAGAGCAUUUCAACAAAGAAGUUGUGAACGCCCUCAGAGUGCACGUGAAGACGUUGCUGCCGCGUUAUCUGAUUAUGAUAAAUUUGUAGAAACAGCCUUAAUGCAUCCAGAAGAAUUACCAGCUCCUCCAGAAUCCAUUACAGAAGCUAUGCUUAUUCUUGCUAAUGGAGCAUUUAAAGCGAAAGAUUAUAGUCGUGCCGCACAUUUCUUUGCACGUGCUAUUGCGAGAGGUUGGCAACCAAAAGAACCUUUGCCACAAGGUCUUCGUCGUCUUAAGAAAAAAGACGAUACUAGUACUACUACUAUUAUUACAACAGCUACAACUACUAGUACUAGUACUACUAAUGCUACUAAUGCUGCUACUGUUGCUACAUCUGCGGUUACCUCAUUACCUUCUUCUUUUACUAAUCCACUUGCAGAGUCAAAUCUUCUUGCAAAGAUGUAUGUCGCAAUUGCUCACACUGUAAUUGAAAAAUUUCCAGUAUCGGAGGAUAUGUUUCGAGUAUCGUAUGAGCAGCGUGAGAAGCCUUCUGUAUCAAUGGUACCAGAAUCGAAAAAAUCAAAAGCGGCAGAAAGAAAAGAGGCAGAGAAACCGAUAGUGGCUGUACCUGCGGUUGGUUAUCAAGUGGUGGAAGAACAAUAUCAGCGUCUUCGUGCUCUCGAACCAACUGUUUUCUCUUCACUAGAGUAUGAACUACUUGAGUUGUGGGAACCGUACCGCAUUGAAGUUGAACGAAUGAGAGAAGACCUGAUGCUCAUAAGAAGUGGGAAGAAAGUCAAACGACGCUGA